UGUCGAUUGAUUGUGAUUUGAGGCUGUUUGUAUAUUGGGUUGACUGGGUUUGGGUUUAAAAUCACUGAGUUGGCUGAGUUUGGGAGGACAAUCACUAAGUUAGACUGAGUUGACUGGGUGCAUGUUCGUUGGGAUUGAUUUGCUUAUUUGGAGUGAAUUUGUGGUAUUGUAAUGGCUCAAAGAGGUAGAGGAAGAAGAGGUAGAGGUAGAGAUGUUAUGAAAGAUUUUGGUGAUGAAAUUGCUACUUAUGGCAAUUCAAAUUGCAAGAGGAAUGAGAUAGAGUUGAGUGAACAAGUUGCUACCUUGUAUGACAAGGUGCGGCGUUGGCAUCGUUCGACCGGAAGGAAGGAUUCCAUUGCAUUGAAACUUUGUUAUGGUGCUCCGCAUUAGCGUAGAGCAAAUUUGGUUGGAUUUAAAUACACAUCGGUGAACGAUGUUGAUAAUGAACUUCCCAAGUUUUGUGGAAGCCCACUAGAGUUCGUUGGUUGGUUGAACACCAUUGAGAGUGUGUUUGAAUAUGAUUUUGUUACCGAAGAAAAGAAGGUGAAGUUGCCAUCUACUUGCCUUAAGGGGAGAGCUUCGGAUUGGUGGACACAAUUCAAAGCUGGUCGACAAAGGAGAGACAAAGAAAAGAUUAGGGAAUGGGUAAGAUGAAGAAGAAGCUCAAUGAGGAAUUCUUACAUUUCAAUCAACAUCCCAAUGCCGAUUCUUUGGCUAGUUUUGGUAAGAGUAAGUCCUUAGAGGCUGUCCCAACUGAAAAUCAACAUUUAAUCGGCACCUUGGAGGCUAGAAAUUCAUCACAUUGUGGAAUAUUCGAAUGCUUCAAGCUUGGGGGAUCAUCUCUUGAGUUGGAAGUUGGUGAAAAGGCUAGUGAUCAUGUUCUUAAUCCUCUCUUUGUUAAUGAGGUGAAAGAACCAAGUUAUGAUGAUGAUUAUUGGUAUACUAAUGUCCCAAUCUUUGAUGAACAUCCAAGUGAAGAACUUGAGGGUGUUCUUGAAGAUGAUUGUGUCUUUGAGAUUGAAGAUGUGCCCGUCUUUCGUGAGUUUCCGAAUGAGGAGUUUGGUGUUGAUAAUGAAGACGGAAUGCUAAUUGAUGAACUUUUGGUGGAAGGUUAUGGAGAAGAAGGAAGUCGCAACCUUGAGAUUGAAGAUUGCUCUCAAGACUUGACUUUCAAGUUGCCUUUGGUACAAGACACUCAACUUGAAGAGCAUGGGCAUGAUUUGGAAGCUCCACUAUUUGAUGAAGAAUUGGUGGAACCAAUGGUCAAGGAUUGCUUUCAAGUGUUGCCUCCUGGGUUGCCCCAAUUGCAAGAUGUUUAAGUUUGUGGUGCAUUGGUCCCGAAGCUAAGACUUCUGUCCACAACUGCCCACCGGACUUCACCAAAAGAAGUGGAAGCACUCAUGGAACAGUUUGAAGACCCCUUGGGGAUGGUGUUCACUCAAGCAAGUCUUGGGUAUGAUGUGGUGCACGUUCUUAAAUCUUCAAAUGAUGAUUGGUCUAAGUCUAUUUUGAAAGUAUGUGUUCGGAGAUCUUUUGAUGGUGUUUUGUUGUAACGAAGACAUCCCAAAUGGAUUGCUUAUUCACACCUAUGAAUGGCCGCGGUGGAUGUAUUCAAGAAGAAGCUCAUAUUGAAGAUUGGUUGUGUUGAGGGUGAUCCGUUGAUCAAGGAAUGCAGCCGCAUGUCUAAUUUAGAGCUGCAUGAGAAUCACUUUUAUGUUUUCUUUAUUUAAGUGUCUUUGUGUUUUGUUGUCCAACUUGAGGACAAGUUGUUUUCUUUUUAGAGGGGGUGUAUGAUGCAGCAGAAUUAAGGAUACUUGUAUCAUUUUAGUGUAUUUAGGGUCAGUACAGUCUUGAGUCUAUAAAUAGGUGAGUGAGUCU